AUGGCGGGCGAAGUAACGGCCACGUCCGAGGCGAUAUCUAGCGAGCUAAGCAAAUGCGUCAAAGACGUCAUCCUUUUAAUAGAACAAAGCAGGUUUUGUGAGGGUGAUUUAAUACAAUUUCGUCUUGAUUGGUUGUACAGUGUUGUGGUUCGUUAUGUUGACUAUAUUCCGUCUGGAGAAACAGUUUUGAACCUUCUUCAUCAAGCUGCAGCUCUGUUGGUCACCGAUAGCGAUAACGUCGAUUGUCGCCACUCUAAUGUGUCUUCUCAGGCAGAGAUUCUGCACUCUGGCCAACAGGGAAGACCUCGCUACUUUAUUUCCAAGGAGAAGCUUGAGUUUCUUUUGGACAUGAAGUUUACAUCCGGGGAGAUCGCAUCCAUGCUCAAUGUGAGUGAAAGUACCGUAAAACGAAGAAUGCGUGAGUAUGAAACCUUUGUUAGACAAAGGUAUUCAGACAUCUCUGAGUAUGAGUUGGAUAAGAUUGUUGAGGGGAUAAUGAGAGAAUUUCCUAACAGUGGGUACAAGAGGAUGACUGGCCUUUUGCAGAAUGGUGGUUAUAGAGUCCAACAAAAUCGCAUCAGGGAGAGCAUGAGGAGAGUUAAUCCUGAUGGUGUACUACUUAGAGCCCUCGAGCUACGAGCUGUUCGCCGAAGACGGUAUCAAGUCAGCGGUCCUCUUGCCCUGUGGCAUAUUGAUGGCAACCAAAAAUUAAUAAGGUAAAACGUUCCUUGAUCAGGCUGUGUAGGUCCAAAUUUCAAAGUCAGGGAGGGGCAGCAGGGGACUUUUGCAUAGGGUUGUGUCCCUCAAACUUUCAAAUCCUGACCUACUGUUUCAGCAUGUAUAUAAUCAGCACACUGAUAAGGAUACCAGACACCCCCUGAACAGCUUCAGAAACUGGAACAUGUACUGUGGUGACUAUUGAAGUGCUAUCUAAGGGCAUACACACUACAGAAAAAUUAGGCCUAACCCCAUAAGUUUAACCCUUGUUUCACACAACUGGGCCCUGAUUUUGAGUUUCUAUAUUUAAUAAUUGCUUGCUUUAAAUUAUUUUUAACAUGCAGAUGGCGAUUGGUGAUUCACGGAGGUAUCGAUGGCUUCUCAAGGAUGAUUGUUUAUUUAAGAUGCAGCACAGACAAUCUGUCGAGUACCGUCUAUGACCAGUUUCUUUCUGCUGUUAGCAGUUUUGGUCUACCCUCAAGAGUAAGAUCUGACAAGGGUGGUGAGAAUGUUGAAGUUGCACGCUAUAUGCUGAGUCAUCCUCUCAGGGGUCCCAAUAGGGGAAGCCAUAUCGCUGGCCGCAGUGUUCACAACCAGAGAAUCGAACGUCUCUGGAGAGACAUGUUCUCUGGUUGUGUCCACGUUUUCUAUCAUCUCUUUUAUGAGAUGGAACAAUGCGGAAUACUUGAUCCCUCUAAUGAGCUUCACCUGUUUGCUCUUCAGUUUGCCUAUGUUCCAAGAAUUAACAGGAACCUACAAAUAUUUGCUGAUGGGCAUAACAGGGCCCCUAUUUCUACAGAGCAUGGAAAUUCCCCUUGGCAGUUGUGGAUCUCUGGUGCUGUAACUGCUUCAAACAGAGGAAUUGAUGACUUUUGGAAUCAGGUUAGUUUCCUUUGUUACAAUUUUGUAGUUUUCAGUCAAAUGCUGUCAAUAUUAUGGUAUAACAAUAGUAAUAUGUAAGGGGAUUGGACUCCUCUAAAACUGUGGUGCUCGGUGAAUUAUAAUAUUGUCUUUUUUAUAUUAUGGUAAAGAAAAAAUACAUGUACCAUUCAUCAAGCACAAUAUUUUCCCUUAUUCUUAAUCUAUUACAGGGUGAAUACUAUGGUGUCGACUGGGAUGGUCCUGCGCCAAACAACUCUACUGAUGAUCAUGUCACAGUGGAAGUUCCUAUUACCAGAAAUCCCCUUCAUCCAGUCGAUUAUGCAUCACUUACAAAUUCAAUUGACCCUCUACGUGAAAGUGAUGAGUAUGGUGUAGACAUUUACCUUGAAGCCCUGUCAUUUAUACAUACAAUAAUAUCAAACUAUUGA